GGUCGAUCGAGCGCACAAGCUGUCAAAAAAAAUCUGAACACAAGCAGGGCCGGGUUCGCAGGCGCGCGUCGCCGUUGACAGCAACUAGCAUAUAUAGCUAGAGCUAGCUCGAUCGAUCUGCUGUGCUUACACCACCAGUCCACCGCUUCUCUUGCUUUGCCGGUGUCGUCGGCCAGCGCGCGCGCUAGCGCUAUCCGAUCCGAUCCGGCCGGCCGGCGACCUACCGAUGGGGUUCAUGGACGCCGAGGAGCUGGUGGUGACGCUGGCGCCGGUGGCCGUGUACUGGGCGUACGCGGGCAUGUACGAGGCGCUGCUGGCGCGCACCACGGCGCUGGACAAGUACAGGCUGCACUCGAGGCGGGACGAGGAGACCAAGAACAUCGCCUCCCGGAAGGACGUCGUCAGAGGGGUGCUCCUGCAGCAGUGUAUCCAGGUCGCCAUCUCCGUCGCCGUCCUCAAGCUGGAAGGACACGGACACGGACACGGACACGGACACGGUGCCGCUGCCGACGGUCUCGCCGCGGCGCCGGCGGAGGCGGAGCCGUUCCUGGUGUCGGCGGCGCGGUUCGGCGUGGCGAUGCUGGUGCUGGACGCGUGGCAGUACUUCAUGCACAGGCUCAUGCACUCCGUCCCGUACAUGUACCGGCGGUUCCACUCGUGGCACCACCGCGUGGCGGCGCCCUACGCGUACGCGGCGCAGUACGGCCACCCCGUGGACGCCGUGCUCACGGAGACGCUGUCGGGCGCCGCGGCCUACCUGGCCUCCGGCAUGUCCCCGCGCGUCGCCGCGGCCUUCUUCGUCUUCGCCACCGUCAAGGGCGUCGACGACCACUGCGGCGUCGCCGCGCCGUGGAACCCGUUCCACGCCGCGUUCCGCAACAACACCGCCUACCACGACGUGCACCACCAGCGCGGCGGCGGCCGCCGCAACUUCUCCCAGCCCUUCUUCGUGGUCUGGGACCGCCUGCUCGGCACACACACGCCGUACGCGCUCAGACAGAGGGACGGCGGCGGCCUCGAGGUCAAGGCCUUCAAGGGUCGUCAGAUGCAAUAGUAUCUUAAUUGUUUUAGGUUGGCGUCUCACUACGUCAGCCUCGUUCACCGUUUAGCUUUGGCUUGUACCAGAAAUGUCUGGUACUGUUAUCGAUGACCAUCACAUCGUAUCUUGUGUGAUAACUUUAUGUAUAUUAUUGGGUACAUAAACAAUAGCGUAACACACGUUUUUUAGCUUUUUUUUUCAAAAAUUCUUGUUUAUGUUUUUUGAUAGGACUAAUGUCAUGUUUGCACCUUGGUGUCUGCACAGUGACAUACGACGUCAAUGACUUGAUGUCAUAGGUCAUGAUGCUAGGGUAUUAU